AAUUCACCUUCAACCAACCGUGACACAGGCAGAUGCAGAAAGCACACAUCACAGGAACCGGUGAGGCGCAGAAUGGGGAAGCGGUUCUCUCGCGACCCGGACGGCGCCGUUGUGCCCCGGAAGAGACCGAAGGUGGUCCAUGACGCUCCAACAUCCGAGGAGAUCCAUUCGAGCAGGCAACUGCAGCAGCUGCUAGCCUUCAGUCAAGACCCGGCGCGGGCGCGGCACGGCCUGCAGUCCUUCAAGCUCUUUCUCGACGAGCUCCUCAACCCGGACAGCAACGAUGCCGCCCGGCGCAAGAUCCUUACGGACUACCUCGAGGCCGUGAAGCCCCCCGAUGGCGACGAGACGCCCGUGUUCCUGCCGGGGAUCAUGCAGACAUGGAGCUACGGCGGCCAGACAAACAACGACAACAUCAUGUCGGCCGUGGCGGUCGUGCUGGCCCUGUUGCUCAAGCUGCUCUCCCAGUCCUUGGACACGGUGCAGUAUGGGCUGGGCAUCUGCAGGACCCUGCUGCAGAAGCGCCAACUGGAGCUGAUCGCCCGCAACUUGUCUGCGGACAAGGGCAAGGCCUUCAUCAUAUCUCCGACCCUCAGGAUGCUGAAGGAGGCUGUCACCUUUGACGGAGGCGCCGUUGCGCCGCCCUUGUUCCGAGCCCGGGCGUCCACCCUCAAGUCGCUGGCGCGCAACUUGGGCAUUGUUCACAUGGGGGACGAGGCCGAGGACGCCAAGCGCCCUUCACCUCGCACGAUUGCCGUCCUCUUCUUCCUCGCCAUGCUGAGGGUUCUCCAUCCCGAGGCCAAGAAGGAGCUGCUCUCCCAGAGGGACAUUGUGGAUGCGCUCACGCGCGACGUGAAGCAGGAUCCGCCCUACCUCGUGAGAGAGCUUCUGGAUGGGCUACGGAGCCAUGUCUUGCUGGACGAUAAACUCUCUCGCGAGGCGAAGGCGAGGCUGCUUACCGCUUCCACGCUGACCCGUCUGUCGGCGCUCUACCACUACCGCUUGGACAAUGCUGCCGAGAAUGAGAAAUCCAUCGCCGACAUCGCUCACGAGUUCCUCAUGACCGCCUGCACAAACCCGGCCUGUGGCGUGCUGAGACUGGACUCCGGCUUCUACCCUCGGGAGGUGGACGCGAAUGCCGCCGUCUCGAGCACCGUGGGCGGCGAUGAUCAGGGGUUAGAGGCCGUUGUUCGGACGAACAAGUCGACCAAGAACGAAAUCUCCAUUCGCAACUACACCCUGUCAAACUUCCUACUGAACCUGCGCCCGUGGUCAAGCGUCAAGCAAAGCGAGCUCGUGACGUCCAUCUUCAAGGUCGCCUCCGAGCUCGUUGCCAACUACUUUCAGAACAACAAGUCGUUCAACUUCGAGCCGAAGCUGUCGGCGACAUGGAUCGGAUAUGCAGCCUUCCUCUUCAACGUAGUCACGCUUCCUAUUCCGGACUGUUUCUGUCGCGCAUCGGCGUUCCCUGAACUCCCGCCUCCCACCUCAAUCGUCAUGGACAACAUCCUACCUCCCCCAUUAAACCAGAAAGCGCUAUCCCGAAGCCUGGCGAACAAGUCAAAUAUGAUUUCUUUCUUCGCCACGCGGAUCUUGGUGGUCGCGAUAGAGAAGCUCGAUGUCGCAAUCAAGAUGCACCAGGACCCCGUUCACUUGAACAAGGUUAUCUGGGCCGAAGCGGCCCGGAGGCUGGUGAACGAAUUCUGCCAGCGAAGCCCCUCCAUCAAGGACAUGAUAACCGCAUACCGCUCGAUUCCCGAGGGCGAUAUUUUGCACCGUGAGGCGGCAAGUCGCCUGCUGCGCCUCUGCUACGAGGUGUUACCGCAAGUUGCUCUCUCGGCCAGCUUCGACGUUGCUCCUUUCCUCGAGACAGCUUUGCGCCGCUUGUCGAAGCAUGAGCUAGACGACCCGCGUGACUUCGGGCUGAUUCUGAAAGAGCUCGAAAACUUGCUUGCCAUUGCCGGGUUCUCACCCGGAAUGAACUGGUUUGCGGCACCCGAGGGCCUGUCGCUAUCUCCUUUCACAUUGCUCUUGAAGGUCUGCGUCGAUGCUCCCCACGGAGUAGGCUUGGACGCCAUAAGGCAAGUGCUCAACUCUGUCGCUGUCGAACAGCGGUUGGUGCCCACCGAUGGCAAACACCCCGGGCUGCUUGUCCUGCUGGAAGCUCUGCAGGACCUGCGCCAGACUUCUCCCGACUCGCUCGCUCUCCUCUGGCCCUUCUUGGAUAAUUGCCUGACGCGAUGUGCAAAUGCACCGGCCAAGUAUGCCGAAGAGAAGCAAGAGACUUCUCAAAUACCUGCUGGCCCUUCCGCAUCAUUCGUCAGUCCGCUUUUAGCGGCCAUAUCAGAGCAGUUGCCAUUUGUCGCGGCAAAGGCCGAGGAAAAAGCCACGAUCAAGGCGCUCGGUCGCUUCUUGCCAACGUUGCUCGGUUUAUGCGCCACUGCCGGUGAGAGCAGAACAUUGCUCAACGCGAUGUUCUCGACGAUGGUCACCCACCUUGCGGACAGCAAGGGCAAGCUCGCCAAAGCUGGCAUUCCGGAAGGCCUGCAAUUCCAGCAUAACCCUUGGCCGCCAGCACCAGCGUCAGGAAGCAGGCCUGGCCGAGUCGAGAAUUCACAGGUCGACCGGAGCGGGAGCAAGACGGAGCCAGCUAUGAAUGCCGAAGCGCUGGAAAAUGUGCUUCAUGUGGCUGACCACCUGGACGUCGACAAUUCGGCUUUGGUGAAGUGGUCAUCCAAAACGGUCGACGAGCUGGUUGACGAAGGCUAUCUCGCAUCCCUCAUCUCCCUGCUCGUCUCGGAGCAUGCCAGCAUACGGAAGGAGGCUCUCGUCAAUGUCUUGAAGGCGGCGGCAAAAUUCCAACAGUCAGAGUACGAAGAGAAGGAGCAGGUCUGGUUGCUGCUCUCGGAGCUCGCCGAGACGGCCAGGGACUGCAUCAACGACGGGCCGCUGCCGAGCCCGAUCGUCGCCUUCGCCUGUCACGCACUCAACGUCCUGCGCGAUCCGCUCUCCAACCUCUACCCCCGAGUCAACACCUUCCUCACGCGCGGGCCGGUCUGGAGUCUGGAUAAGCUGCCGCUCGUGGACGAGUUGCUGUCGGAGGAGCCCGACGUCGGGGAUGCGUACUACUCGCAGACGAGCUGGCUCCUCGGAUACCUGCUCGACGGGCUGCGCACACCGCGCGACCUCCAGCUGUUCCACAAGCAGCGCGCCAAGGGGCCUGUCUUCCAGCGGGUCCUCGCGCUGGCCGCGAAUCCGUUCAUGAGACUGCCGCUCAGGACGCAGGUGCUGAGGUUGCUGUACCGCGCCACACGCAUUGAAGGUGCUAGCACGACACUGACGACGAGGUUCGACGUUGCGGGCUGGCUCGAGGGGAGGCAGGGCAGCUGCGCCGAUGCCGGCGAGGCGGCGUUGUAUGGGGGGCUGCGGAGGAGGAUAUGGGAGACGUGCGACCGGGACAGACUACGGGCGCUGAGUAGGAGAGGGUUAGAUGAGGGUUGCAAUAUCACGGUCGGGUAGAGGCCGGAAGCUGUGACACGGAUCUCUUGUGUUUACGCAGUAGUUUGUUUGCGGGUCACACACAAAAGAGCCAAAUCGCCAACU